AUGGCGUCCUCACCCUACAUCAUCGGCGAAUCGUCGCCGUUCCUCAAGCGCGUGCUGAUUCCCUUCUGGGUUCUCCGUAUCAUCAUCCUAAUUGUCGAGGUUGGCAUUUACAGCCUGUUGGUUGUCGCGUUGAUCGCCAAGAAGGAUGAAAUCAAAGAUGAUCUAAAAGACGAAUAUAACACGAGCUUAGGCUGGUCGGCAGCCCUAGCUAUCGCCCUUAUUUGCGUGCUCAUCUUCCUCGUCUGCCUGAUCCUGGACAUCGUCUGCAUCAUCAAACGCGCCCGGAGGACGCUUAGCCCACCAUUCUUCCUCGGGGUCAACAUUGGGCAGACAGUCUUUUUCACUAUCAACUUUAUUCUUUCUCUUAUCGGGGCCAGGUCGAGUCCCAUUGGUAUUAUUGUCGCCAUCAUUAUCUUCCUCUCCUUUUUUGGCAUGCUUAUCUACGCCGGUGUUGUCUACCACCACUAUCGCAAGGGCACCCUCCGCGGCCGAUACAUACCGGCUCCUAAUCCUGCACAAAAUCUCGAGACCGGUCAGCAGUACGCCACUGGACUUGAGCCGCCAACGGCAUAUCCCCCCGAGACCACUGGCGUCAUGGUGCAAACAACAGAGUAUACUAGCCAGGUGUACACUGCGCCGAUGUAUAUGCAGCCUCAGCCCUAUGUGAGAGCUGCUGAUGGGCUCGAAGCUGCGGCCGCCAUCAGGAAUACAACCAACAAGAUCACGUUAUGA